AGAGUUGGACUGAGUGAUCUGAAGACAAAAAUGAAGGCUUGCCUCACGCUAUUCCUUCUAGCCUGCUUUAUAACGUAUUCGGUUAAAGCUUUAAAAUGCUACACGUGUGCUGCUACUACAUCAAUAGCAGACUGCACUAAAAAUCCGGCAGUGUGCUCAUCUGGUGAAGACACUUGCAUGUCUACGGUCAGCUCAGUCUAUGGACAAUCUGCUUAUGUGAAGUUAUGUACCACCAGUCAAGGAUGCUCUUCAGCAGCAACUCUGAAUAGUCAAAUUGUAACAACAUCAUGCUGCACUACUGACUUGUGCAACAGCUCAUCUGCAUUCAAGAUGAACUUCUGGCUCAUGGGAGUCUGUGCAGUUGUCAUUUUCUUUGUUAGUCAUAUCUAGCACCACAAUUUCAAAUAAAGAUAACUAUAAGAUCACACAAAGAAAACAUUUUAAAAUGUAUGAAGAUACGUGACAGCUGUUUGUAUUAAUCACAUAAAAAUAAGAUUGUAAUUUGA